CGGGCCGGUUAAGGUUUGGCGGUUCUAUUUCAACAUGGCCGAAGUGAGCAGCGUCAACGUAGCCAGCAGCAGUAAGGAAAAAGGGCCUGAAGGGUUGUCUCAGGAACUUCCGCGCCCUGGUACUACCAUUUCAAGGGUGAAGCUUUUUGACACCAUGGUGGACACCUUUCUCCAGAAGCUGGUCGCUGCUGGGAGUUACCAGAGAUUCACUGACUGUUACAAGUGCUUCUACCAGUUGCAGCCUGAGAUGACACAGCGCAUCUAUGACAAGUUUAUAACUCAGUUGCAGACAUCUAUCCGGGAGGAAAUCUCUGAAAUCAAAGCAGAGGGGAACCUGGAAGCUGUCCUAAAUGCCUUGGAUGGAAUUGUUGAAGAAGGCAAGGACCGCAAGGAGACGGCCUGGCGCCCUAGUGGGAUCCCUGAGAAAGAUCUGCGCAGCACCAUGGUGCCCUACUUCCUGCAGCAGCGGGACGUCCUGCAGCGCCGUGUGCAGAAGCAGGAGGCCGAGAACAGGCAGCUGGCAGAAGCUGUCCUGGCUGGGCGCAGGCAGGUGGAGGAGCUGCAGCUGCAAGGCCAGGCCCGGCAGCAGGCCUGGCAGGCUCUACACAGAGAACAGAAGGAGCUGAUGGCCGUGCUGAGGGAGCCUGAGUGAAGAAGAGAGGGCCAGGCCCGGGAGCAGAGGGCAGUCAAGGACAAAGGCCUGUGGUCCAGCAUGCUGAGCCUGAGUGAGCUGCCUCUAAGAACAGCUAAAAUGGUGCCCAGUCCCAAAGCAGUGAUGGAAUUUGCUGGAGAAGGAGGCCUCAGCAGUCACCACUGCCACUGUGCCUUUGGGGCUCCCUUGGGUUUUCUUCUAACUUGAGGAUUCUUGGCCUACUCCGCCCUGGGACUCAGGCACUAUGCUUCCUCUCCUCUAGGUUCAGGCCAGCCCCUCCCUUCCCCCCGUCACACACCCCGCCACUCCUGAGCCCUCCCUGGGACCUGGCUUGGUGAAUCUGUUUUCGGUCUCCACUGAUUGCUCCCUUGCUAGCCAGCCUGAGGGCCCUUGCCAUGUCCUCCCCACAUCCGCAAAUAAACUUCCUCCGCUACACUGUAA